UGUUGCUGCUGCGGAAGGGGGAUGCGGGGGCAGCUGUUUUGGGGCCGGGCGAGCCAGGGGUGGGAAUGGGCAGGAGCCCGGCUCAAGCCAUCAGGCAGCCCCAGCUGCUCCCUCUGCCCCCUAGGACCGGGGCAGGGAGCUGAGCCUCGGAGCCUCUUUAUUCCGCCUCCCCCCCCCCGCGCGCCCCGUCAGGGCACUCGCAGACGAGCCUCCAUCUGCGGUCCCGCAAGGCUGGGGCUCCCGCGGCGCCUGCCCCCUGGGGGCGAGUGCGGCCGGUCCCCCCCAGCCCUGCUCGCCGAGGGGCCGGGGAGGAGCGGGGCAGCCAUUGCCUGGGUAAGAGUUGCUGUUGCAGCACUUCCGCUUCUCUCCCAGCAAGAGACACGAGUGGCCAGGCCCAGCCGCGCCGCGGAGGAGCCGCCAGACACAAAGGGAGAGACCGAGAAAGAGACAAACACCCCUAAGAAGAAGGAAAGCAAAGUCAGCAUGAGUAAAAACUCCAAGCUCCUUUCCACUAGCGCCAAGAGGAUUCAGAAAGAAUUGGCUGACAUCACUUUAGAUCCACCUCCCAAUUGCAGCGCUGGCCCCAAAGGCGAUAAUAUCUAUGAAUGGAGAUCAACUAUUCUAGGACCUCCAGGCUCAGUAUAUGAGGGUGGAGUUUUCUUCCUUGAUAUCACAUUUACACCAGAAUAUCCCUUCAAGCCUCCAAAGGUUACGUUUCGGACAAGAAUCUAUCACUGUAAUAUUAACAGCCAAGGAGUGAUCUGCCUUGACAUUUUAAAAGACAACUGGAGUCCAGCAUUAACCAUUUCUAAAGUUCUCCUCUCCAUCUGCUCACUUCUUACAGACUGCAACCCUGCUGAUCCUCUGGUUGGAAGUAUUGCCACUCAGUAUAUGACUAACAGAGCAGAGCAUGACAGAAUGGCCAGACAGUGGACCAAAAGAUAUGCUACAUAAAAUGGAUUUUUGUCAAACUCUUGCAUUAUUUGUCUGUGAUGGAAAGAGCUGCUUAUUGAUUUUGAAGUGGGGGGAGGGAGGGUGCUGGUAAAGAGUAGGGUAUUUCUAUAACAGAUUUUAUUCAGUCUUUUAUUUCCUAAGAUUUUGUUGUUGUAACUUAAGGUAUCUUGCUACAGUAGACAGCUAGAAUUGGGAAUAGCAUAUUUUAAGACUGUCAUUAGUUCAGCAAUAUUAGCUCACAUAUAGUACCAAGAAGAAUGUAAACUUAAACAUUUUUUUGGUUCAGUUGCUUGCAAUAUGUAAAAGAUAAAACAGCUUAAUUUUGUACAGGUACAUGUGUGGACAUUUAUGUAAAAGUCCUUUGAAGACUCUACACACUGGGUUUUUAGUUUUUGUUUUUGUAAAAGAUGUUGGGAUUUUUUUUUCCCCUUGGGAGGGUGUGCUGGUAUUUAACAAUUCCUUUUUAAAGACUCAUCUCAUGAUAUGUAAUAUGGAGGAGUGGAUAUAUGGCCUCAUAUAGGAAAUGAGAAGUAGUUAAUGUAUUAUUUUAUAUGCCAAUCUACCUUUGUGAAAAGAAUAAAGGUUUUAAUCAGGAUUUAUGGCAACCUGUAGUGAAAUACCUUAAGCUGUUUAACUGUAAGGCGUGGAAUAGGAGUCACUCAGUGGAUUGGUUGUAUGUUGUGGGCUACUUAAGUCUGCAUUUGUUACUGUGCUAAUAAAAAUAUGUAAAAAAUGA